UUGUUAUACUAUCACACCCCUCUCUCCCCUCCUGUAUAAAUAUAAAGAGAGAGCACCCUGCUCCGCCUCAACUGGUUCCUCUCUCUGCGGUACAAAGCUGUUAACAUUUCUUUCCAUUCUCUCCCUCCCUCAAAAAAAGAUUCUGCAUUUGAAAAACGCUCAUGGGGACUGCCGGUGAUUCUGAGAAGAAGCCUACUGUUGUUUUUGUUUUGGGUGGCCCUGGAAGUGGAAAGGGUACCCAGUGUGCCAAUAUUGUCGAACACUUUGGUUACACUCAUCUUAGUGCUGGAGAUCUUCUUCGAGCAGAAAUUAAAUCUGGUUCUGAAAAUGGAACCAUGAUUCAGAACAUGAUUAAGGAGGGCAAGAUAGUGCCUUCAGAGGUAACAAUAAAGCUCCUCCAAAAAGCAAUGCAGGAUAGUGGAAACGACAAAUUUCUGAUUGAUGGCUUUCCCCGCAAUGAGGAAAACCGAGCUGCUUUUGAAGCUGUUACCAAAAUUGAGCCGGCAUUUGUCCUUUUCUUUGAUUGUCCUGAAGAGGAGAUGGAGAGGCGUAUUUUGAGCAGGAACCAGGGAAGAGAAGAUGACAACAUUGAGACAAUAAGGAAGCGGUUUAAAGUUUUUCUAGAGUCUAGCCUUCCCGUGGUUGAGUAUUAUGAAUCCAAGGGGAAAGUUCAAAAGGUUGAUGCUGCAAAGCCUAUUGAUGAGGUUUUUGAGGUAGUUAAAGCCAUCUUUACCCCAAAAGACGAGAAGGUUGCUGUUUAGGUGUUUCCAUUGUGCCAGAUAUAUCAAACCUAAUAUAAAGUUUCAGGAGGAACACUGGAAGAUAUUCUGUAGAGUAGUGCAUGAUAAGCAUACUUCAAGACAUUCCAUUGAGUGGUGAAUGAUGCUGCAAAAAAAUAUAUGCAAUUAUUCAGCUCUUCAAGCUGUCCGUGUCUGAAUUUGGAACAUAGCUUUCUAGGCUUGGAGAUCGUGCAUUGCAUCUUUCAUCAACUAGCAUCUGUACCAGGAUAUAUAUAAUUAACAGAAUUUAUUCUCCUUUUCAGGUGAUAUUUUCUUAUGGUGUAGUUGCAUUAUACGUUAUUGGGAAGGCAUAGUUUAUUCAUUAAGCGGACAUCAUGCUUCUUAUCAUAGUAGUUUUAGUUUAUGUGAUGAGGUAUAUACCUCUAUAUUCUUGUUCCUAUGACAAGGUUCUAAUAUGAAAUAGUAAUAAAGCACCAAUAAUGCUUCCUUUUGAGCU